AGAACUCCCCUCUGGUUAAAUAUUUCCAAAAUAAAAAUAACUUCGGCCACAUCUGGUCUGCUGACCUGACUUACAGGAUGGCCUAUGAAUCAGAAAACUGAAUUUAAAAAUAACACGUAGGUAGAUAGCUAGACAAUCGCCUUAUACAAUAUUUUGAUUUUUUAAAGAUGUUGGAAUGAAUUUGAGAAUCUUUGAUUAUGUUGUUAGAUUGCUUUUGAGUGCUUAAUUCUUUAUUUCUAGCUGUGAAUGCUUGUAGAAGAUUGAUAGCUCUGCCAACAUUUGUCCACAAUAGAAGAUGGGUGGAUUAAUUUCAAGAUGGAGGCAGGCAAAGCCUUCCACUGUAGAAGUAUUAGAAAAAUUAGAUAAGGAAAUACAGACAUUAGAAGAAUUUAGAGAAAAAAAUCAGAGGCUACAGAAACUAUGGGUUGGAAGGCUUCUUCUCUACUCCUCAGUUGUUUAUCUUAUUACUUGCUUAAUUGUAUAUUUGUGGUGUCUUCCUGACGAAUGGACAGCAAGGCUGACAAUGACACUUCCAUUUUUUGCAUUUCCAUUGAUAAUCUGGUGUAUAAGAACACUGCUCAUUUUUUUCUUUUCCAAACGGACAGAAAGGAAUAAUGAUGCGCUGGAAGAUUUAAAAUCCCAAAAGAAAAAAAUACUUGAGGAAGUAAUGGAAAAGGAAACCUACAAGACUGCUAAACUAAUCCUUGAAAGGUUUGAUCCAGCAUCAAGUGCAAAGGAGACUGAACUACCAUCUGCUGGAACAUCUGCAACCCCAAGACCUGGACAAGAAAUUCGUCAGAGGACUGCAGCUCAAAGAAAUGCUUCUGUGCCCUCACCUGCAACUCCUAAACCAGGCUCUCCAAAGUCUGCACUUCCAGCAUCUCCUGGUCUGCAGAGAGAGGCUCCGGCUGUGAGCGGGCUCCCGGAAAGAACGGCUGGGCCAUCCUUGCAAUCAAAUGUUUUACCAAGACGCCCUGGAUCCCCUGCUACUUCAGUGCCUGGAAUGGGUCUUCAUCCUCCAGGCCCUCCUUUGGCAAGACCUGUUCUUCCUCGAGAAAGAGGAGUUGUGGAUAGAGUUAUUGAAUAUUUGGUUGGUGAUGGUCCUCAGAACAGGUAUGCCCUUAUAUGUCAGCAGUGUUUCUCUCACAAUGGUAUGGCUUUGAAGGAGGAGUUUGAAUAUAUAGCAUUUAGGUGUGCCUACUGCUUCUUCCUGAAUCCUGCAAGAAAAACUAGACCUCAAGCUCCACGACUUCCAGACUUCAGUUUUGAAAAAAAGCAGUCUACAGAAUUGCGAUUUGAACCUGAGCCUCUAGAACCUAGAGAGAGAAACCCCCAGCAGACUCAACAGACAACAGAAUCUGAAGAUGAUGUGAACCAGCUCGUUGAGACAAAUGACACAGAUGAUAAAGCACCGAGUUCUGAGCAUCUAAAUGAUAAGCUAGCUGAAGAAACUGAAAAAGAAGCAGAAAACAUUUCAGCAACUGAAGAGGCUAUUUCAGAGUCUACUUCAGCUGAACAAAGUGAAGAACCUUUAAUAAAAGCAGAAUAAAAUACUUCAAGUGCCUUCUGUAGCUAGUUUUUAGCUUUGUUCAUGCCUGUUGUUACUAUUCAGGUGAGCUUUUUUUUAAUGGUACAACUUAAAAAUCUUGCUUGGGCUUAAACUGCCUCAACUGCCACAGUGUGUCAAACUAUGUGUAAAAGUGGGUGUUGUAAAUUUAGCAUGUCUCUUUAAGUUAACACAUAGAAUGUGUAGUUGGUUGAAGUCUAACAGUUGUAGCCCUUGUUUAGUUUGUGUAUUUAAAAACUUCCAGGUACAAGCUUUGCUAAGGGUGACUUACAAUUUGACUUCUCUUUAGCUGUCACACAUAAAGAACAAUUCCUGAUGGCAUCUGACAUAGUAAGUUUGGUCUAGUGAACUCAAGAUACUUUCUAAUGCUGCCCUGUUAAAAUGGAUUGAGUACAUGUUUAAUACACAGAUGUUUACAAGCUCAAGUGUCAUCUGACAUUUGACUUAAGCAUAUGAAAGUGUCAUUGCAGUGGUGUUAAUAUUAUUCAUUGUCUAACUUUUUGACAGAAUUCAGUUAUAUGGCACUUGGAUAAAUGGCAUCUCCUUUGGUGUUUGCUUUGCAGAUGAACCGGAGGCACCUACAUGCAAAACUGUUUUGUGUUUACAUAAAAUAUAAGAAGUCUCUGCACUUGAUUGUACUUGAAUACAAAGCACUAUUUAUAUCUGUACAAUAAUGACAAGAUAAAAGUGAAUUUUGUGCCUUUGUGUAUUUUGUUAAAGGAAAAUAAAGACAUCUAGCAGCAAUACUUGCUUUGUGAUUCCUAAAACUGAAGAGAAUUCAUGUUCUGCUGUAUGCAGCUACAGUUACUUUGUGCAAGUUCAGAAGGAAUGUGCCACCUUAAAAGGAGCAUGUCGAUUUGUAGCUGAGGUGGCCUUGAUAGAAUAGAAAUAGAUCCCUGAUGAAAAGGGGGAGCGCAUGUGCAUUUGCCAAAAGGCUUUUCUAACUGUACCUAAAGCUUGUUGAUACUAUUAAUGUUACAAUUGCAAUGAAUAUUUGCUGCUGGAUUACUGAAAAUGUAAAUUUUUUAUUUCCUUGCUUUUUAAGCUAAGGACACUUGUUACACAUUUCCUGUUAAAUCUAACAGCUGGGAUCCUGGAUUAGAAGUUUUCUGGUGUCUGUGAGGUACCUAAGUCAAUCAGAUUUUUUUAGAAAUAAAUGCUGAACAUAUUUGACUUGGUUGAUUUAGUAAUACUUCUGAUAAAAGUUUUAUGUUGUGCAGUGUUGUGUACCGCACUACAGGGAGAGGGAAAAUUUCAAAACCAUUUUUAAUCUAAUGUUUUGGGUCUGAAGGGAAAUGGUUUUUACACUGUAAAGGCAACAAAACCUCCCCUCCAUCUUAGUAGUUUGAGUCCUCAACCAGAGAAGCAUGUUUCUAAAUGUGACCUUAGUAUCCAUGUCUUUAUACAAGACAUCAUUAUUAAAUGAACAACAAUAAUUAAUUUUCUUUUUCAAAUACAUGCUUUAUUAUCUCAUUAUUUGGGGAUAGUUUAGAAGGUCAGCCUUGCAUCAGUCAGAAUCAAGUGUGGUCUGUAUUUAGAUUAAGGAAGAAAUCUUUUUCUGCUUUGCUAUGUAAAUUGCAAUUAAUGUUUUAAUUAGUAGUCUUAAUAGACAGAAUGUAGGCAUGUGCUUAAAGGAGUACUCAUAGGUAUAUACUUACGUGAACAAUUAGCAAAUGAGCAUUUUGUGUGUGACUGUCUUAGUUAGGAAUACAAAGAGAACAGUUUCAGAACGUGUAUUAUUACAGUAUGAGAAAAGUACAAGGUACAAAGUGAUAGGGGAAUUUUUUAAUACUUUCAGAGAAUAUAUUUUAGAUUACAGAAAUUAUUUAAAAUAGAAAUAAUUUUGCCUGAAAGGUGGCAAAGCUUACUUAUUACUUUGUAAGUUGCUAAUCUCUACACUGCAUUUUGUGCCUCACUGAUUUAUCUGCUUAAAGGCUUAUUUCUUUGGAGAGGAAAAAAAACAGACUAUGUGAGUAAUUCAGCACAGUAAAUUGUUGGGUGUACGUGCAUUCUAAGCACUAAAAACAAGUAAAAUUUGAUAUCCUGAUCCAUCAUAUGGGAGAUGAAGGCAUGAAUUACUGUCAGCUCAGAACUUUAAGGUUACUCUAGGCACAGAUAUUACUUCCUUUUAAAAAUGUGCAUCUGAAGUGUCUGGUCUUUUGUAGAGUAAUUUCAGGUCCUUUCUAUGACAAGCAGUGACUGAGGUGUAAUGCAUGUAAUAUCUAUAGAAUUGGCUGAGAAAACUUGAUAUUGGACCUAUGUAUUAAAAAUGUUUUCAUUAGCUUGGGACAUGUGUAUUUUCAUGUGUCCUGCUUUUGUCAAAGAAGCUGAUGUUUCUUAGGUUUUUGGGAAUAUGAACAUUUUUUGAAAAAGGAGACUUAAUAUUUGGAGGGGAGUGGGGUAUUUUUCUCCCAAGAGUCUUAAAUGUGACAUGAGAAACUUUCCACGGAAGUGAUUGGUAAUUUUUGUUUAAUAUAUCACUGAAGGAUCAAGUGAGACAGUCAAUCUGAUGUGAAAACAAAUACUUUUUACAAUAUGAAAACCUGCUUUGUGACCUAAAAAUAUCUGUUACUUUUGAGCACAGGAAGAUUUACAUCUGUUCUAAGUGCAUGAUAGAAUUGUCUGAAAAGACUUUCAUACAUUAAAAAAGUUUCUGAGCAUUCGUUUCCAUUCACUGCUUCAGAAGGCUUGAAGAUUAUAUUAAGGAUGUCCUAGAAUUUUGAUAGAGAAAAAAAUCUAUUUUUAACUUUCUAAUUUUUCAGAGUUUUAAAGCAGUGUUAGUAACUGAGGGCACAGGGUUAAUCUGUGGGUGAACUCAGAUUCAUGAUGAUACAUGUGACUGUUAUGGACUGAGCUUUUCUCAUUUUACAGUAAGCGUUCACAUGUUACUGCUGCCAAGUGUGGGUGCCCCAGUCCUGAUACAAAUAUGGGAAGAGAAUUCUGUUUCUGCAGCAGUUGCUUCUUGGCUUCUGUGUACUAGAAGUGUGGCAGUAGUAAAGGGCACCUGUCCAACAGGAAUUGAAUCCAAAAAUACCUGUAAAUGAACAGCAGUAACCACACUUAGUCAUGUCAUUAACACCAAAAAAGCCCUUGGAGGUAGGAGUAUGUAGACAAAAAAAGUACAGUAAUUGUCAUAUUUAAUCCAGUUGCAGUUUGACUCUUAAGAAUGGAGAGAAAAAAAUACAGAAAUACCGUGGUUCCAUGUUUUGUUGUCUUCUGACUUCUUGGCAUGUACUCAAAUCUCAAUUUUUUCAGAAGUACUGAGAUUUCUCACAGGACGAGGCUUCUACCAUGUCAUAGGAGCCCCCUUUUUUCUGUGGCUGGGAUGAAAAGCAAAACUGAGUAGGGUAGUGAAGUAAUACUUAGCAAGCUUGUUGGUGCAGUGUUUUUAUUGACUCUGGAAUAUUGUGAAUAACUGCAGAGAUGUCCUUUAUUCACUUAGUUUAUAAAUUAACUAAAUUUAUAGUUAAAUUUAGGGAGGAGUUAUCUUGGCUGUACAGAAACUCUGCCACAGAAGACAAAUGAGUGUUCUUGUUCAAAAUAAAUUGAAGUGAGGUGGUCAAAUGUCAAUUUUACUUUAGAAGCGAGUUAAAAAAGGCAAUAGUAUUUCAAAUUCUAAUACUUCUAAAGGAGAACACAAUUGAUUGCCCUUGGACAUUUUGAGUUAAAACAUUUAGUGGAAUCUUGGUAUGAUGAUUUCUCAAGACAUCUGUUUAGCCUUCGUGCAGGAAAGAGAAGCUCUCAAGGAAUGGCAAAUGAAGAGAAUGCAAUAGCUGAUGGUUUAGAAAUAUCUAGAGAUUAUAAAAAGCAAGUAACCAAGGGUGGGUAUGGUUGCCUUGAAGUCAAGAAGAUUGAACCCCAUGUGGUACAUGAGUAGAAGCUGAUGGAAGGACUUAAUGAUGGAGUGAAACAGUUGGGGGAGGAAAGGGAUAAUGUUUUUUUUCUUUUGGAACAAAGACAAAUCAAGAGAUAAAAAAGAUGAGCUUGAAGAGAUUUUUUUCAGAAAAUGCAGUAGGAUUUGGCUGUUACCACAAGGCAGUAUGUAACUCAGGUUAAUAUCAUGUUCUUACCUCAGAAAUAAUAAGAAUGCAAUUGACAAGGAAUCAUUUUGGAGAAGUUUGUUUGCUUUUUAGAGUUAAUUCCAGAAUGAGCAUAUGAUAAUAACUUGCUGGAAAAAAGGCCAUCUGGCUAUUAUGAGAUACUUCUAAACUUUUUUAAACUUCAGAGGCUAGGAGAAACACUUCUUUAUUGGUACAUGGUUCUGAACUUAGCAACAUUUAUGACUUGUGGAUAUGUGGUGCUGGAGGAAUGAGUAGGCUAGAGGAAACUUUCCUUAUUCAGUAGCUAAGUCUGCUAUUAAGAACUUAGUCUUUAAUUUUUGUGAAGUCUUAACACAUUCAGUACAAGAAUGCUGGAUGUAAAGAAAGUUUUAAAUAAGCUGCUUCUCCUUAUUUAUUCUGCUGCUGGAGUGAGGUUUUGUCCUACAAUGAGGAAAACUUCAUGGGGCAAGGGAUGUCCUGUCUGUGAAUGUUGCACUAGAACAAUAACCUUGAAGAUUCAUUUUGUGUCUUUGGCACAUUAUUUGUGUGGCAAAUAAUCAUUUGACCAGCUCACUGAGUGUUCUCAAGCAAAAUCUUUAGGCCUUCAUUUCCUUCUGUGUAUUACAGACUGGCUUUAGUUUAAUUUGUUUUUUUCCCCUAAUCUCUCUGAGAGGUUCUUUGCUGUCCAGUCAAGUGGUUAAAAGUUAAUGCCUCAGAUGUCAGCAUCUCAUGUUUCAGUUCCCUUCUAGAAUUGGUAAAAUGCAACCCUCUCCAGAUUUCUGGUGUAGUGAGACUCUGAAGGAGACUGUACAGAAAACAUAUCUCUAAUACAGGCUAAUUUUAAAAAAAGCUGUAGAUACAUCAUAAACAUUGGGAGGAGAGUAAGUUUUCCAGGAAUAAAGACUGGAAAUUUGAAAGUUCUAAAUAAUUUGGACAAAUAGGCUUGCAGGAGGGAUUAGAUUUAAAAUUAAGUUGGAGAAUGAGAGGGCAAUAAAAGAUUGCUCCAUGGCCAGUGGAUUGUAUUUGAUUGAUGGCAUGUGAUUUCUUAUAAUUGCUUAAGAAUGUAUUUAAUGGUAGUAUAUGGGUGACAGAGAUUUUUGGUGGUUGUCAGAAAGUUUUGUUUAACUGACAGGAAAAUGUGUGUGGAAUGAUUACUGGUCUUUGGCACUGCUCCUCUCUUCCAUUGUGUGGUCUUUAGGUGGAAUUCAUAUGCCUCAGGCUUGUGGAAGGUGAUGAAGGCAAGGAAUUACAGCUGAUAGGGUUGACUGGCAUAGGGUUGUUGGCUCCAGGUCCUGUGUAGUAAUGCACCAAAGUUUCUGUCAAAGGACAAACUGUAACCUUCAAUCAGAAAUAUGUCCUAGUUGAGAUUGUCUGGUAGUCUGAAAUUCAGUGUACUCCCUAGUUUGGAUUCUUGGUGUUUGGAGGAAAAGAAUGGCAUCCUGAGUAGGUGGGAAUUUCUUAGCCUUGGGUUUUUACUAGAGGUUUGUUUACACAACAAAUAGAAUAAGCUCCAAUAGUGUUUAACAAUGGGAGCUGCUACCCCCCAGCAUUUUAAAAAAUAAGAAAUUGAGUUGUCCCUUAAGAUGGCGAGUCUCAAGGAAUUUGACUUCACCGUUGCUUUUGAUUUGUGGACCUCUCUAGGAUCUUGUCAGGUCACACUCAAUCUUUUCUCUGAAAGAAUAACGAUUCUGUGAUUCUAUGAAGAAUAAGACCUAGAGAGGUGUAUGAUAGGCAGGAUAGUGAGAAGGGCUUUAAAAUGAAAUGUAUUGAUUAUACAAUAAUUUGUUCCCAAAGCAAGGGGUUUUGAGAUUAAAGCAAACACUUCAAAGAUUCUCGAUAGAUUAUUUAACUUUGCAACAGUGAAAAAUCUAAAGCACUGUAUCAUAAUAUAACUUUCAAGGUUGCAUAAAAUCAAUUUGAUCAUGACGUAAAUUUUUGGUUAGAUGGGGAUGUCCUGACCAAGUCUUGUAAUACUGGUUAUUUCUCACAGUAGUCACUGUGGGAAUAAACCUAUUUCAGGACUGCCACUGUAUGUACCUAGCAUUGUACUGCUAGGAUUUUCAGUGAACAAUUAAUGAUGUUUUUCAGGAGGGCUUCAUAAGCCUUUGCCACUCUGAAAUCAAGUAUUCUUCUUUUGUUGUGUGACAAAAAUAAUUUGCACAAGGGAGAUUGCAAUUGCCAGAGGAAUACAUGCAGCAAGAUCCUGAGAUAAACAGAUAUAAGAGAAAACGGGGUGCAGAAACUGGAGAGCUGACAGAUUUGGGUGUUCAAUUUGUAAAUUCGAAGUCAUCUCUAAAUUUGUAACUUAUAUUGAAAUAAUCAUUCUUUCUCUCUUUCUUUCUCCAUUUUGCUGCCUCAAUGAAAAUAGAGAAGCUGGAUUUGUAGAAAACUCAAGCAACAAAGACCUUCCAGCUCUUCUCAAGUGGUCUACCCUCUUAUUACUUGCAUCACUUCAAGGAGUUCUGCUCAGUUGAUGAAACUUAAUUUUGACUUGUUCAGCACU